AUGGAUGACCAAUUUGUUAGCUCCUUAGAGAAUACUUUGAGGCAAACUUUGACUCCGGACUCUUCAGUCAUCAAGGAAGCUUCGCAAAGGUUGAGUAAGGAGUUUUACCCAAAUCCUUUAGCAUUGCCUGCGUUGCUUCAAAUCCUUAACCAAUCAUCUCAAGAUGAAGUUAGGCAAUUGGCUGCAGUUGAAGCCAGAAAAUUGGCCGCAGACAAUUGGGAGAAAGUUGAUGGUUCUUUGAAAGGAAGCAUCAAGGAACAACUUUUAAAAGGUACUUUCCAAGAACAAAACAAGCGUCUCCGAAAUUUGUCUGCUCGUGUUAUUGCUGCCAUUGCAGAAUUGGACUUGGAAAUCAACGAAUGGCAAGAUCUUUUGCCUACUUUGAUCUCUGCUGUACAAAGCAAUGAUGUGCGUCUGAAAGAAGUUGCUGCAUUCACGUUGUAUGCAUUGUUGGAAUCGCAAAUCUCUGCUUUGCUUCCUCACAUUGACGACUUUGUUACACUUUUUGGUACUUUGAUUCGCGACCCUGACUCCAAGGAGAUUAGAGUUAAUGCUGUUUCCUCAUUGGAUGCAAUUUCUCAAAUCAUUGAAGACGAUGAUGAUGAAGAGAGUCAAUUGGCAGAGAAGUUCAAAGCAACUAUUCCUGGUAUGGUUGAAGUUUUGAAGGAAGUUGUAGCUUCGGAUGAUUUUGAAUCUGCAAGACAGGUGUUUAAUGUUUUCAACAGUUUGGUCUUGAUUGAUUCCAGACUUGUUGGAGACCACUUGGUUAGCUUGAUCCAAAUGAUCAGCGAGUUGGUCACAAACAAGGACUUGGAUGAAGAAUAUAGAGUGUUUGGAUUGCAAUUUUUGAUCUCAUGUGUUAGUUAUAGAAAAUCCAAGAUCACUGCUAGCAAGCUUGGACCCCCACUCACUAUGGUUGCAUUAAAGGUUGCCACAGAAGAGGUUGAUGUUGAGGCAGAGCUCGAGAAUGAAGAUGAAGAGAAUGAAAAUGAAGAGAGUGCCCCACCUUCUUUGGCUUUGAGAUUGCUUGCAGUUUUGGCAGCUGAAUUGGCACCAUCGCAGGUCAUCAACCCAUUGUUUGAGGCUUUGCCACCAUUAUUGUCGUCUUCCAACCAAUUUGAAAGACGUGCAGCUCUUUUGGCUGUAGGUGUUUGCUCUGCUGGUGCUCCAGAUUACAUUUCUUUGCAAAUUAACAAAAUCAUCCCAGCAGUGGUUCAAGGAUUGAAAGACUCUGAGCUCAUUGUUAGAGUUGCGGCAUUGAGAACCUUGUCACAAUUGACCUCUGAACUUCAAGACUUGGUUACUGAUCACCACGAAGAAUUAUUGCCAUUGAUUACUACAAUCAUUGACUCGGCAUCCUCUGUUAUGGCAUACAAAUAUGCUUGUAUUGCCUUGGAUGGUUUGAUUGAAUUUAUGAGCCACGAUGCUAUGGGCAAAUAUAUUGAGCCAUUGAUGCACAAGCUUUUCCACAUGUUGCUGCAAGCUAAUACAUCCACCUUAAAGACUGCUAUUGUUUCAGCAAUUGGAUCCACAGCAUUUGCAAGUGGAAAAGCAUUCACUCCAUACUUUGAAGGUUCAGUUCAACAAUUGGAACCAUUUAUUGCAAAUUCUGCAUCGGUUGAGGGAAUGAGUGAAGAUGAUAUUGAAUUGAGAGCAACUACCUUUGAGAAUAUUUCUACCAUGGCUAGAGCUGUUGGAUCACAAACCUUCUCAGUGUACGCUAAACCAUUAGUUGAAGCAGCUUACACCUCACUCAGUUCUGAGCACUCGAGAAUCAGAGAAUCUGGUUUUGCAUUUAUUGCAAACAUGGCCAAAGUUUACGGAGCUGAAUUUGCUGGAUUUUUGGAUCAAAUUGUGCCUCAAAUAAUAACUUGUUUGGGACAAGACGAGUUCAGCUUCAACAUUGAAGGUCAAGAUGGUGAAGAUGGGGAUGAUGGUGAUGACGAUGGAGAGGCUGAGGACCCAUUGAAAGUCCACACUGGUAUCACUAUUGAGAAAGAGAUUGCCUCCGUGGCUUUGGGUGAACUUGCUCUUGGUACUGGAAAGGAAUUCUUCAAGUAUGUGGAGCCUUCCUUUGUUGCAUUGGCAGAUCAAGUGGAAAACUCUUUUGGAAUGAGAGAAGCUGCAUUGAGUUGUUUGUUCAAAAUUGUUAGAGCAAUGUUUACUGCCGUUCAAGGUAAAGACUUUAAAGCGCCUAAAGGUGUCCCUGCUCAAUCAUAUGUUGAUGCCAACAUUUUGGCAUUGAUUAAGCAGCUCAGAGAUAUUGCAAUCCCACUUUUAGAGGAAGAGUUUGAAUCCACUAUGGUUGCAAGUAUUUUAGAUGGUGUUGCCACUGCCCUUCAAGUCAUGGGACCUGUUUUCAUUGUUGAUAACCCAUCCGAAACUGGAAGCUUGGAGCAACUUUGUUUUGCUUUGAUGAACUUGUUGAAGAAAGAGCACCCAAGUCAAUUGGAAGAAGAGGAGUUCCCUGAAGAAGAAGAGUCUUCAGAAACCGAGGUUAUGCUUAACGAAUCAGCAUUGGAAGUAUUGGUGAGCUUAUCGGUUGCUUUGGAAGGCGAUUUUGUUAAGAUCUUUACUUCAUUUAAGGAUGUGAUUUUGUCCAAGUUCAACAGCAAGUCGAAGCCAAUGAAGGUUGGUUCUGUUGGUGCCAUUGCUGAAAUGGUGGGAGGUAUGAAGUCUUUUAACCCAUUCACCAACGAAUUGUUGAAGGUGUUUGUAGAAAAAUUGGCAACUGAUAAAUCUGUUGACGUUAAAGGUAACGCAGCCUACGGUAUUGGUUUACUCGUUGAGUACAGCUCUGACGAUGUUUCUUCGUCUUUCCCACAAAUCUUGGAGCUUCUUUUCCAUUUGUUGAACAAUGCCGACGCAACACAAACUGCUGACGAUGAAGAAGCUAAGGAUGUAGUGAACCGUGCUUAUGCCAAUGCAUGUGGCUGUGUUGCAAGAUUGAUUUUGAAGAACCAACAAGCUGUUCCAGUAGAGCACGUUGUUACUCCACUUCUCCAACAUUUACCAUUGCAAACAGGUCUUGAAGAGAACACGCCAAUUUUCGAAGCCAUUAUCAAAUUGUACGGAUCCAACACCGAGGCGAUUUUGUCACAAACACCAAAAGUGGUGGAAGUUUUUGCUGGAGUUUUCAAGGCAGAAGAGGAAAGACUCAAAUUGGUUGAAGAAAGUACUCUUGGUCGUGAAGAGAACAUUGAUGCUAUGAAACAAUUUUACACCGAAGGAUUGAGAACAAAGGUUGUAGAACUUUUGAAAUUCUUGAACCAGAAAUACAAUGGUAUCGUGUCUCAAAACGAAGUAUUGAAGAGCGUUAUCUAG